GCCGCCGAGAUCUUCAUCAAGAUCGGGGCCCUCGACAGCCUGAUCGAGGUGAUCCGGCAGAUGCCCCCCACCGAGACGCAGUUGCUGCAGCUGGCCGUCAAGUGCUUCCGGAGCAACCAGCACUACGCGUUUGCCAAGGAGACCAUCCUCAAGCUCGGAGACGUGGGCCAGCUCAUCUCCCUGCACAUGGAGUCGCACCGAUGGGAGGAG